AUGGGCGCUGCGUCGAGGCUGCGGCGGGCGGUACAAAAGCUCGCACAUGGAUCACAUCCGAUGAUAAAGAUAGCCGUUAUUGGGGGCAGCCCCUCAAACCAGCUGGAUCUGUCUCUGUUAGGCUUCUGCAUCGGCAGUGGGGACGGCGGAGAAUACAAAAUCGUCCUUCACUCCCUACACCCACAUUCCCUCCGCCACCCCCCUCCCCAGAUAUCUGCGUUCCCCCGCGCCAACAUCACCGCUCGUAACGGCUGCACUCCGGGUGUUCCCACGCCGUACAUGAUCAUGUGCUUGGAGCUGUCCGUGGAUCCAGAUGUGGAUCUCGUGUUCAUGGAGUACACGCUCAAUGACGCGCACAGCCUGGGACGCAUGGCUGAGGAAGCCAAGUUGGCCGACAACCCCAUCGUCAAGAACGCCGAGCGGUUGGUUCGUCGAGUGCUCGAGCUCCCUAACCGCCCUGCCGUAGUCUUCGUACACUCGCCCGUGUGCGGCAUGGCCAACUACCCGAUUGGGCAUCCCAAGAACCCCGAACGGACGCCGUACAGGAGAUUCCCCAAGACUAGCGAGGACAUACAAGGCAAGUACGCGCCAUUUCGCAGUACUACGACGUACAGUACUUGUCUGUACGUACGGCAAUGUACCGUCUUGCUGUACACAAGCAGGAGCCCGGGUUUCUUUGGGAGGAUAUGUUUGUGGGUAGCGUUGGGCCUGAUGUUGGAGCCGUACAGUCCUGCGGACGAGGAGGCGGUCUCGGAGCCCCUCCCGGAGCCCAUGUACGAGGGUAACAUCGCGCCCAACACCGUCAUGUGCAGCGUGGCGGAGUCCUUCCACCGGCUGCAGCUGGCGGUGAACACGGACCGCUCGGCGGUGGGCAGUCCGGCGGGGGAGAAGGUGCACGUGUACGUGCACCACCUGAGGAGCUACGAACACAUGGGGGUGGCGGAAGUGAGCUGCAUAUCGGGCUGCAGCUGCGACCCCACGGAGGUGGAUGCUCUGAUCCAAGAAGAGGUGUCCCAGGUGUAUUUGGUGGGACUGGUGGUGUCGCAGUCCACGGAAUGCGUCAUCGAAGUCCUGGUGUUGAAUCGGACCAGUAGCGGCGAGCAUAAGUUCAAGGUAUCGGGUGUGGUGGUGGCGGAGACGGCGGGCAAGCAGAAAGGCAUCGCAGGCCUCGACGCCGCACAUGACCAACACUUUGGGCUGCGCCAACACCUGGAUGAAAACGAAGGCGUGGAGGUGGUGACCUUGACCUCAGCUCAGAUGCGAACGGCAGACCGAUGA